AUGUCAACAACAAGAAGGUUGUCAUGGAGCAUGAUGCUUACAGUGGAACCAGUCUUGUUUUUUUAUGCAUUUGGGUUCUUUAUGAACAUUCCGAUAGCUCAGCAGUAUGUCUACAAAAGACUGAGUGAGGCUAAAGGGUUUCCAUAUCACUUUCAACAAGAUGAUGGUGACACAGGCUGUGGUUCCAAAUCGAAUGAUACAAUGAAGAAGCUUGAAAGAGAGGUAUGACUGUAAGGUUUUAUUGUAGAACGUGGCUGCUAACUUAAAAUCCUAAGAUAUAGUGCACUAUUCUGUUACAACUCCAAAACAACUUGUCUUCUUGAUAGCAGUAACAAUAACUUUAAUGCUCCAUCGCGAACAAAUCUUACAGAUUAAUAUAUCUAACAACAAAUUUCUUUGAGAGCAAAAAGCACAUUAAUUUUAUGAUACCUCAUAAUACUAACACAACAUAAUGUCCCAGGUAGGGUAAUAGUAGUACUGGUUUUGGGCCAGAAAACAGCUCACACACAUUUAUACCGUUUGACUUGUAUACGGCAUUUCUAGUUUAAACACGGUAAAAUUUACUGAAAUUUUAGACCCAAGUGAAAGUAAAGUUAUUAGCUUAAGUAAGUGGGGAGUUUUUAAUUGAGAGGGGUGUUACUGUCCUAGUUUAAAAUAUCUUGCCUUUUUUACUUCCUUGAAUUAUUUUGGUUGAUAAUGAGUGCAGCACAAUGGAGGACCCUUUGCAGAAUAUAUAUAUGGUCACAUGGUACAAAAAAUACCUUGCUGGAUGGCAAACAAUGCAGUGGAACCUUGAAAAGAAAGGAUUUUAUAGCUUUUUGAAUGAUAAGGGAUGUCACUAAGAUUUCAGGUUGCCGGGUAAAUACAACAAGUAGGUGGGGAAUCAAACAGCUUAAGGGAUUUCUUUUGGUUCGUCGAACCAGAAAACCAUAGGGGAAGGGGGUGAAGGGAGGUUAUCUCACCCCCUUGCCCCCUCACCCAGUUGUUUUCUUGUUUAACCUCGCAUGCAGACUGUCAAAAACAAAAAUCACACAAAAAACCUACCAGCUACACAGGCUAGAUUUGCCCACUCUCAGCAGACCAAAUAAGUGAACCAUAUAAAUUAUUUUCCGUUUCUUCUGUCUUUAGGGGUAUUAAAAUUUUUUACCAGAUGUAGCAACAGCAGAUUAAGUUAAAUUACUUUCAUAGGAUGAAUUAAGGAUGAUAAUAAUAACUCUACGUAGUAAACUGUAGGAACCAUCAUGGUCUUCCCAGGUUUCUCGUCUACCCAUCCCCUAGAACGACAAGUUAAGUAGUAGAGAACCCUGGAAUCGAGGUUUAAUCUGUGGCCAAUAAAAUAAUCUGGCCCCAGCUGUUCAAACAUUGGAUAGAACUAUCCACUGGGACCACUGGAUAAAUAAUUAUAAGGAUAAGUAUUAGGGAAAUCAAUCGCCUCACCCACUGUAUAGAGAGAUAUCAGGUGAAUGGCGCUAUCCAAUUGUUGAACAGCUGGACCCUGUUGCUAUUUACAACAGGUACAGACAUACGCCUCUUAUGUCCAACUUGGUAUUGUGAUGUUUUCUGCUCUUCCAUCCAUCAUCAUAACACUGUUCAUGGGAGGCUGGUCAGACAAGGUUGGUCGACGUCCGACGCUCAUUUUACCUGUCUUGGGCGGUGUUCUGGAUGCCGCAGGCGUACUUAUUGUCAUGAUCUUUGACUUGCCUAUUUACUGUUUGUUUGUUGGUGCCUUUCUACAUGGACUUUGCGGAUAUUAUACAGCCAUAAUCCUGGCCUGUUUGUCAUAUAUUGCAGACACAACAAAUCAAACACAAAUUGCCUUGAGACUGGGUAAGUAAAGUUCCCUCUGCUUAUAUCUGGUCAGCAGUGUCUUGUGACAGUGUCACAGUGUCACAUCCACACGAAUCCGAAAUUUUUUUGAAACCGCAUAUACACAUAUAUAGUUUUUUACACGAAUUGGCCUCCCCUGUACACAAAACCAGUGAGUCCGCUCACUUAAACCCCAUCUUUUUGAGACCGCUCUCCAGAGUGGCCCAAGGUCCUGUCCACACGAAUCGGCUGGGUAAACAAAUAUGUGAUUUCCGCGUUCGGGUGGACAUAGGCCUCUAACUGAAAAAAAAGGACAACAGAAAGCAAGGAACAAAAAAAUUGACCACGCCAGAAAAUACCAUAACAUACCAUAAUGCUCUUUUUUUGUCACCCCAAAUUUUGCAUAAGCAUUCAAUCAGUCAAUCAAUCAUUUAUUUUGACACGUUACGUCGAGGACCUAGAAAACUCUUUCAAAAUACGAACGUGUAUAAAUAAAAUCUAUUAUAAUUACAGCUGUGUUAUAAUAUUAUUCAAUUUUAAAAACAACUCAAUAAAUAUACAAAAACUUAGUAAUAAAUAAAAACAAAAUAUAAAAAGCUAAAACCUACUAAAAAGCCUUAUACUAAAAACGUGACUGGAAAACUAUAAUACACGUUCUAAAAAGCUACAAUCAUCCACUGUAAGACGCGUUCUAAAAAGCUGCAAUCGUGCAAUUUACUUUUGAAGUCAUUAGCAUCACUUGAAAGACGCAUUUGUGAGGGCAAACUGUUCCAUAAGUUUGUUAAUGAAUAAGUGAAAGAGUUGUUGUUAACUUUAAGAUUAAAUUCCAAAUUCAAGCCCUCGCCUCUUAGCGGUAUACGGUGUAUGCCUAUAUUUAAAAACGCUUUCAAUGUAAGUAGGUCCCGUGCCAUCUAAGCAUUUUAAAAGAAGUAUUAACGCCUGGUGUAAGCGCCUACAAUAUAAGGAUGUCAUGCUAGCCGUAGUGAGCAGCUUGUCGUACGACAUUGACUUGUUGUGCCCGAUAUAAUGUUCUCAAAAUAUCACAGUUGCCAUCUUCGAGACAGCUGCGUUGACCUGUACCUAUGCGUACAAAUAAAGGACUGCAGUAUUCUAGAUGAGGUAAUAUAAAUGCGUUAUAAAGUUUUAUCAUUGCAUCAUGAGGAAGAAAACGCCUUACUCUUCUCAGCGCAGAGGCCUUCGCGUAGGCUUUCUUUAUUUCAUCUGAUAUGUGUUCUUUAUAGGAUAGGUCCUUGUCUAGAGUUACUCCAAGAAUAUUUAGUUAACAGAUUGGAGAAAUUCUCUUGUAGCAUUCUUCAGAAAUAAAGAAUAAUGAUUGUGAUUGUUACGGUCGGGAAGCUCUCUUAACGGACACUCUUGGAAGCGGACAGCUUUACUUACGGCCGCCUCCACAAAAUCCCGUUUCAACUCCCAUACAAACACGUAAUUUUACAUUCCCCGUAAGCGGAGACGCGGACACUUUCAAGGUUGUGUCCCGAGGGUGUCACCCUACGAGAGCUUCCACUGUAGAAACUUGUUCUUUGCUCUCUCUUCACACCGCACCACAAUGUUCUUUUUAUUAACGAUCCCUUUUUUUGUUGAAUGGCAGGUAUUUUAGAACUCAUCAUAUUUCUUGGAGGCAUGGUCGCUCAGCUGUCAAGCGGCUUGUGGAUUGAGAAACUGGGAUUCACCCCUCCCUUCUGGUUCAUUUUUGCGUGCAACAUGACCUCUCUACUGUAUGCAGUAUUUAUCGUACCUGAAUCAAGACUCAAAUCCACCGUAGAAAGAGGAAAACUGUUCAGCCUUGACAACUUUAAGUCCUCUUGGAGAGUUUACCACGAGGCCUCAGGUUUUAGAAAACGAAAUCUAGUUAUCCUGACAGCAAGUGUUGGUAUAACGAGCAUAGCUGUCAUGAGCACCAGCAGUGUCAUAAAUCUUUACACACUACAUUCGCCGCUCUGCUUCACUCCCGAAUACGUGGGCUAUUUCUCAGCGUUCCGUCAAUUCAUUCACGGUGUUGGUGGAGUUACUGCUAUCAAAGCCUUUGGAAUGUGUCUCGCUGAUAUCAAUGUCGCACGCCUCGCUUUGUUGUCGUAUUUAGGUUUCUUGGUGAUGCUUGGAUUUUCCGAAACGCUCCUCUUGGUAUUUCUCAGUAAGUGUCUUUACGAGUUAAAAGGGCUUACCUAGAUUCUAAGACGAGGGCGACUACGAGGACUAGAUUUUCUCGCUCAAAACUAAGUAGUGCUCGGGCGUAGAACCAACGUUAUUUUGGCAGAAAAACGUGAUAGCCGUCGUCAUUCUGCCACAGUUUUAUCAUUUUGUGAUCGGCAGAGGGCUUAAGGCCUGUUUCAAACGUCGUGCUACUGCCGUGCUAAGCUGGCUCGACUGUAGCUCGACUGCAGCACGACUUGGUUUCAGACGUCAAAUUUAAUUCACACAAUGACAGUCGAAUGGAACGGCUGUUGCCAAAAACAAAACACAAAAAUAAAGAAACGGUUUAGCAAACUUUUAAAUAUAUUCUAAUGUAUUUUUUUUUACGAAUUGAGUUCGGCAUGGCGGUAGCACGACGUUUGAAACCAAGUCGAGCUACUGCCGUGUAGCACGGCAAGGCUUACCGUGCUACGCGGCAGUAGCACGACUUGGUUUCAAACGUCGCGCUACUGCCGUGCAAAAGUCGAAUUUAAUUCGAUCAACUGAGUUCGGCACGGCAGUAGGACGACGUUUGAAACGGGCCUGACCUUCCGUGACUUGUGACUUCCCCGCUCGCAUAUUUACAUACCCAUAUAGCAGUAGCUCUCACUCGCUCACAGAUUACCAAGCAAAAGAGAGACUGCUCGCAGGCUAUUGCAUGACAAACAAAAAAAUAAGCAAUAUAGCGGGCCGUUUCGCAAAAAAUGAGAUAAAUCCCCUUCUCAUCAAAUAACCCCCCUCUUCAAACGUGCUUAUUCCCCUCGUAAUAGAGGAUUUGCGGUAAAACGUUAGUGCAUGGGAUUGAGUACAUUUUUUUUUAUUCUGUCAGGUCCCAUCGUUGGUAUAUUUGGCGGUGCAGGGUCCCCGGUACUGAGAGCAAUGAUGUCAAAGAUUGUCAGCUCGGAUGAUCAAGGUAAACUUACUCUAAGCAACGGAAGAUAAAAUGGAUCAAAAUUCUCCUUGCCUCAUCUUAUACCAGUUAUACCCUUUACCUCCACAUUGUAAUCGACUGAUUAAGUUUACAAUCUUUACAAUACCUGAGCGAUUUCUCGCGCGCUGGUUUGUCGAGUACUUUGGUCGAUAAGAGACCAUGGAAAUGACGUAAUGGACGUCAAAAACUGGAAAAUACAAAUUGUUACCUCCAGCAGAUUGGUUACUUUGCUGAUAGAGCGUGAUUGCUGGUUUCUUUGUCAAUAACUCGUUCCUAGGCGUCUCUCUGAUGAUUAUAAAGUAGCGCGUGGUGCGUGGUGGGAAGGUGGCAAAGAGAGAUCCUCUCUGAGGCCCAAAAGUCGUAGUUGCACUUAGCAAGUUUUCCGUCACAAUUUGUUUCUCUUGGUAGUCUAAAUGAAAAAAAAGUGGGCAAAGCUUGCAAUAUUUUGCUGUUUACUACUAAGGCAAACCAAUUGUCAGGGAAAAGGUGUGCUACUGUAAUCAAAUAUUGAGGAGGAAAAACAUUCUAACCGCUUGUGGUAUUUUAUCCUGGUUGCAAGUUGUGCAAAACUCUUUUAUAUUUGUGUUAGAUAUGUGAUUUCUUAUCAUUUUCAGGCUCGCUGUUCUCCGCUGUUUCGUCAGUUGAGAUGCUUUGUACAUUUCUUGGAACCGCCAUGUUGAACUCAUUGUAUCCAAAAUCAUUGAAGUUCAGUGCUCCUGGAUUCGUUUUAUUUUUAGCAGGAAUUUUUCUGCUAUUGCCUUUCGCUUUUACCUUGUAAGUUUACUGGCUGAAUCAUAAUAUCUAGCAUCUUUUUCCUUUUCUACAAAAGUUACAUUAGGAAGCUUUAGCAACCCACGAAAAAAAAAACAAUAGGUUUAAUAAGAUGAACAACAAUUUUACACGGCAAACACACUUUCUGGUGUACGCCGGAUCACCAUGUAAAAUUUGAGGUGGAAGCGACAAACUUAAACAAAGCACCACAUUCUGAUUUUUACUAUUUUAGAUGGUUCAUUUUGAAGUGAAAUGCCGCAGAUUUCGGAAUGGUUGGUAGCAAUUUAUAACUGUCUAUUUUCUUUUUAUUAAAAACUGAGUCAUUGGAUAAUGCAAUUCUAGAGAUAUGAUUGGCUUAGCCAUCAUGGUAUAUGAGCAAGAGAGGAUAAAGGGGACAGAGAAGCCAUCCCCCAUACACACCCUAUUCCAUAGGUAAUUCGUCUCGAGUUAUUUUUAGGCCUUUCCCGAUUGCGCUGAGCACCUUUUGAGCACUUUUUUGAGUUUGGAGCACUAUUUUGCAUUUUGAGCACCCUUACGCACUUUUUCGCACUUUGGGCAACAUUUGAGCAAUAUUUCACAUUUCGAGCAAAUUUCGAGCAACAUAUGUCUUCUAAAACAUUUUCAAGCAAAAACUGUGUGUCGCUUGCAACGAGAAUCGUGUUCCAAGUCAUAAAUUUGAAUAACUAAUGAUGUUGUCAAGAAUAAAAGAUCGUUGUCAUGGUCAGGCACGUGGACUUAUCCUCACUGAGUGUGAGAACAGAAGUUUCUGAUUGGCUGAUUUAUCAUGCGUGUGUCAUCUCAAAUUUCUAAAUCAUCUGAUGCUAGUACUGCUAAAUUAAUUUACAAUUCGUAACCGGCUUUAGUUUUUUAAAAAUAUUAUUGUUGUAUAUUCUAUCAACCUUUCGUAACAACCUGUCCAAUAACACUACGCAAAAUAGAUUGUUAAUUACUUCAGUAAAAAUUGACAUGUUUGCGAAAAGCUUAGAGGUAACUGUUCACAACUUUUAGCACUUUUUGAGCACUAUUUUGAGAUUUUGAGCACUUUUGGAGCACUUUUUAGCCAUUUAUGCCAGCACUUUUUCAGGAUUUUACGAGCGCAAUCGGGAAAGGCCUAGUUAUUUUUAAGACACACAGAUCCCAAGGGGGAUUAGACAACAGCCAAUCACAUAGCGCGAAUGUGUUCCGCGUGGAUGACCCACGCUCAGAGCCACGCGUCUUUCACGAAUUGAAGCAGAAAAAAUGGCGGAAGACUCGGAGAGCGAUAUUGCUAUUCGUUUUGUCCACGAAAACGACUGAAAAGAACGACUAAAGCGGUGUCAGCGAAAUGGAAAUUAAAAAAGAAUCGCCCUUCCUCUCUUGUAUAGAGCUAACAGUACAGCAGGGAAGUCCUUAACACACGGAAUAUUCUCUCAGGAUCAUUUAUAAUUUAUAGUUUAAAGAGAGCAAUUUCUGGUUUGAUAUUUAUUCUUUUAUUAGUCUUUUAUUAUUCAACAAAAAUAACACUUGGCGUCCUACUUGCUUUAUUGUACAAACGACCGGUUUCAAUAGACCGGCGAAAUUUCUCAUUUUAUUAAAGCACUGAGGUUACGACAACUUCGAGUUAAACUGAUUUCACGGGUUGUCAAAGAGUCCAGCGAUUCCCUUUUCCCAGGUGAGCGCCGACUCAUUUCGCUUCAAUAUUCAGAAAUGCUCUCGAUCUCUUUACGCUUUCAUUGCCUUUCGCCCGACAUGUUUUGCACGGCAUUUAGUCACGUGAAACCUCCACGGAACAUCCACGCAGCGCGCGAGGUGACUUUAUCCCGAUUCUAAAAAUAACUCGAGACGAAUUACCUAUGGAAUAGGGUGUGUAUGAGGGAUGCCUUCUCUGUCCCCUUUAUCCUCUCUUGAUAUGAACUAUUAUGCUCUCCAAGUAUGGUAACUGUACGCGUCUGCUCAUAAUUAAAAACAAGCUGAAAAUCGUUUUUUUUUUUUUUUGGCAAAUAAAGUCGGGAAGAAUUGUCGAUAUCUUGUGGGCGUUUUUAAUAAAACAAUUAUUCCAUUCGCGCUUGUUGGAUAUGAGAUGAUUAUAGCCAACUCGGCCAUACGCGCCUCUUUGUCUAUCUGCCAUCUCAUAACCAACGCGCACCCUUGGAAUAAUUGUUAAAUAUACUACUAUGGUAGCCAUUGAUACUGUCUAUUUUCCUUAUAUACUAUCAAUUUUUCUACCUUUUUUGACUUUUGAAGAUCGUAGCUCUAGUGUAAACUGUAGGUUGAGUUCUAGUCGUCUCAGAGUUUUAAUGAAAGCUCUGUGAUAGCUCAUUAUUUUAUACUUCAAGUUCUAUAACCAUAGUAGGCAUUGUGUAAAUAGGUUAAGUUUUAUGCAGGUUUGAUCGGAUUGCAUAAUGCACUACUCAUUAGUUAUAACUCGUGACUAAUGUUGUUCCUUGUAGCUGUCUAAAAGACCACUCCAUGUUCAAAAAGAGGAGGUUGAUGGUCAACAAAGCAAGUGAAUAUGAAAGGAUAACAGACAAUGAAGAAGAAAAAGAACCCUGCUCCCCAUCUUCGUCUGGUGACGUAUCUGAAGAUUCACCGAUCGUUCCUGCUUGCUAACAAUGAACAGGAACCGACUAAAUAUCUUUGAAGGACAUUAAAUGUUGCGGAUAUGCAAACUUGACUUGAAACUGAUAUAACUAUGAUCAGUCAUAAUUAGCAGAUGAUUCAUAAUGGCAGAGACAUUGCCUAUAGCUAGUACAAUUGAAGCUCCCUUAAGCGAACGCCCUGUGAAAGCAGAAAACGUGUUCGUAGAUGGAGGUGGUCGCUGGUCGCUGGUCGCUGCUUUCCAAAAUUCUUCAGGUUUUGUCAAGGUGGCCUUAAGUAGAGCUGCCCGCUCAGUCCGUGAAGAGAGAGUUACCUCUGUAUAAGGCCAAUGUUCCGUAAAAUUUUAAAAUUGAGAUCUCUUUGGGUUAUACACAAAAGAUUCAGUAUUGUUCUGACCAUGUAAUAUAACAUCGCGUACCGUAGCAAGUAAAACAAAAGACCCAAGGGCCUUUUGAUAUGAGUCCAGGUCAGGGCUGUUGACGAGUCAAGCCCACUCUCUCCUACGAACGCAAUGAAGCCAAGUUCAAGAAGUUCUUGGAAACCACCCUAGCUCGGUUCAGACCUUGCUCAUAAGUUAAGAAGAGUCCGAAGAACACCCCAAAGCGUGACAAUUCCACAAAUUUGAGGGAAAGGCGAUAAGCGAAGAUGGAAAUGUUUUCAUGAUUGUCAUUAUCGUCAACCUUACAAUCAGUGAAACGAAUUGACCUGUCUGUCUACAAUAUCCUUUGACAGUUGAGAUCUGCAAAUGAGUCCACGAAUAAUCUUAAAUAGAACUAUAAUGAAAGGUCUUACGUAGAAAAACACUUAAACAACAUCUUGUACAAACGUGAUAAGAGGACAAUAUAAUAUGAUGUAAUAAUAUAAUAUAAUAAUAAUAUUUAUUGAUUUGUAUUGCGCAAAUAUCAAUCCAGGGAAAGAAAUUUUCAUCUGCGCAUAACAUUGAGUCAACAAAAUCCUAAAAUCCUAGUACAUAUUCCAAAAGUCUUAUUUACAGAUCGUUCCUGAAAAUUAGUAAAAAUAAGAAUUUAAAAAUAAAAAUUAAUCUUUGAAAUCCUAUAUACAAAUCCUUCUUAAUAAAGAGAAUAAAAACAAUAAAUUAGCUGGGAAACGCCUUCUGAAAUAAAUGAGUUUUAAGAGCCUUCUUGAAAGCAUUAACUGAAGAUAUAUUUCUAAUAAAAAGGGGAAGAUCGUUCCAUAAUUUAGGGGCAGCCAUAUAAAAACGGAGGACGGAGAAUUGUUGUUAAAUUUGUUCGAUAUAACUAUGGUUAUAGAUAUAAAAACUACGAUAACAAAGACCGGGCUGGCCGCUGGGCAGAACAAGACUAAAGACCCAGUUGUCAACUUUUUAAGACGAAAUCCACUAGGAAAUUGCGUAAUUUUAAUUUUCAGCGGACAAAAACCUUGUACCAGAAUAAUUUAAAAAAUAUUGCGAUCUUUUUUACAUUUUUCAAGGGCUUAAGCGGAUGUAAUAAAUCAUCUGUAGUAACACCAAAGAAAAUUUCUCAUGGAAGUCAGAGAAAAUAAAUGUCAAAUUUCACAAGAAUUGUGAUUACACUUUUUAAGGGCUCAAAACAUGGUUCGAGUUGUCGAGGGUAAAAUUAUAUAGAAAAUGACCUGAAGGGAAACGAAAAUUGGUUCGAGUUAGCGGGAGUUCGAGUUAUCGAGGGUCGAGUUACGGAGGGUAAAAUUACAGUGAAUGUAUGACGCAAAUACAGGGGAAAUCGAUUUUGGUUCGAGUUAGCGAGGGUUCGAGUUAUCGGGAGUCGACUAUAUGAAGUAAAAUAAUGACCGGAAAUUACAUAAUAUGACGUGGUAUGGUGUGGCUACUUAAAAAGACAAGAUAACAAAAAAUAAAAGAUAUACUAUAUACAGUUACAGUUCAUCACGUUUAUUGAUGCCCAUUUUUUAAAUGUGGGAAAUUUUCACCGAAAUUUCCGCACUAAUGGUAAGAAAUCUUGGAGAUCUCUGCUCUUCGGCCUCUUCUCCUUCCCACGAUGCUUCUCACGGUUCUUGGGGUCCUAAAAGACUUGCGUGACAAAAUGCAAAUCUGCGUGACAAAAUGCAAAUCUUAACAGUGGUCUGCUGAGAGAUCAGAGGUCUGCCUGAAGUUAAGCAAAUAUUAAACAAAAUUGCUGAGUAAUUCGUCUCAACGAAAAGGAAGAUUGUAAGAAAGUACCGACGGUUCGUUUCUGGUGUAAAUUAUACGUAUUUUGAACAGAGACCUCAAGCCGCAUUUUAAAGUAGAAGAUCAUUCAGAUUUCGGGUGAGUGCUUGUGACCUUGUAGACAGUGUUGAUCUACUUAGUUUCUGUUGAUUAUGGAGCCAAUAUGGGAAUCAAAGUAUCUGAUUUCGAUGUAGGUUUAUCAUGACUUGCAAGGCAAAACCCUCUUUACAUCUGGUGAGCCGGCCUUGAGGCAAUUUUUUUAUUAUUUCAAAUCGUCACCGCGAUGAAGGUGACAUCCCCGAGGAGUCAUUACACUGGAUCCGCGCCUGGGGCCCGUUUCUCGAAAGUCCCGAUAAUUAACCGGCCCGUAAAGCUGAUAUUGUUUACAUGCAAGAUAGAGGUUACAAUAGUUUUGCAUCUAACUAGAAAAAACUAACAGUUAAUUAAACAAAAUGGAGUAAUUUGCCAGUCAGGACUCGCGCUCUUAUUCUUUGUAUUUCGAUUUGAAUAUUUAAUUUCGGGCCAAAAAAGUUACCGGGACUUUCGGUCGGGGUCCUUCUGGGAUUGAAGGGAAAUUAAAGAGAACAUGCCCGCCUUUGCGUGUUCCUUAACUUCUGUUUACUGUAACUGUUUGCUGUUAAAAGCUGAAUAACUUCGCAAAGGGGAACAUAAGACAUCGGGAUGGUAAGGAAAAGCUGGUUAAGUGACCAAUAUCUGAUACAAACUUAACGUUUUAAACGGUUAAGUCCCUGAGACGCAAUGCCAUAACUUCUGAUUGUAGGCACAUCGUGUACGGAUGCUUUUUCACACGAUACUUUACGCGAUCGUCUAGAUCAAUAGAUUUAAGCAAUAGAAAAUUCUUCUAAAUAAAAGCGCGUUUGAAAGGGGAUAUAAUCCACUUUUCCAUAUGGGAUCUUUUGCUGGCCCAUGGCCAGGAUUAAAUAAAGACAAAAUAGAGUUCUAAAUCUCAUUUAGACAUUUUGUGCAAUUACAUGUAAAGCAGUGUUGCUUUGUUUACACAUUUCCACAUGAUCACUUAUGCGUAAGGUCUAUUAUGACGUCAUUUGACCAGUUUUAGUGCCGUGACUUUCAAACAAAUGUCUGCGACGUGGAAAUAUAAAGCCUGCAAAUACAAUCGUUUCUACUCGCUCCUCGCCGCUAGGGACACGGCUUCCAUGGCAGUGAGGAAUGGGGAUAGACGGCUGUAUUCGCGGGCUAGGAAAUAUACAACACUGGCUACAAUCAAGAGAGGAAAGGUCCGUGCCCUUUGUGCGUGAACUGUGUCUAUUCUCGCAUGCGUUAGCCCGCGUUGCAGCUGGACUUAUCACUCGAUAACUAAUUAGAGAACUCCAUAUUAUCGGGGACGCAGGUGAGCAUGUGUCAGUCUUAUUUCUGGUUUGCAGCUGACGUCACGACGGCUAUGGUUGACAAGAACAAAAGGGUUUCUGUAGGCCUUGUGCUGGGAACUCAGAACAGUCCUUGUUUGUCCUAGCCUCCCCGCAGACGUCCUUUGGGGUUCGUUUGUCACGCAUUCAUUUCUCCCCCACGGACAAACGAACCCCAAAGGACGUCUGCGGGGAGGCUAUGUUUGUCCCAACAUGAAGUUUUUGUACCACGUGAUUGACCAGCUGCAAAUCAAAGGGCCUACUGCGCAGUAAGAGUAAACACGACCCACUUCCCUCCCGAAAAGAUCUGAGUUCGGUAUUCUUCAAGAAACAUGUUGUUCUUUGUCCAUGGGGUGUCACUCGCUACACCUUAAUUGUAACUAUAAUGAGUGCAGGAAUAAAUUAGUACUAAUCUUAUUAUGAAGAAAGUUUAUGUUACAAUUUUUGUGUCUAGCAAACCAGUCUUGAAAUACUCAUCCAUCAGGCCCUCUAAUCAACCUUGUUCCCAGGAUCUCUUCCAUUCGUGGAGGGGAGGGGAAGAAGUAGGCCUGGAUACAAAAAUCCCGAAAAAUGGCCUAAAAAUCGAUCCGGGAAUUCUCCAAAAAAUGGCUAAAACGCCCCCCAAAAAAUCUCGAAAUUUAUUCUAAAAAUCCCGAUUUAUCCCAAUUUUUUUUUUCGAAAUAAUCACAUAAUUUGCCUGGAAUGGGGGAAUCUUGUGACCUCUGCAAUUUGACCACAGAUCCUGUGGUCAAAUUGCACGCAAAUAAUCUCAAACUGAUUCAAAAAGAUAAUUUAUUUACUGGACAAUGUAAGUGGAUUGUCUCGUUUACCCUGUACAUAUUUAUCUUUCAAACAAACGAUAACGACAAUGGGCACUUAGUAGAGUCUGACAUCGUUACAGUCAAGAAGACUUUUGCAGGGACUGAUCAAACAGCAUGAAAUAGAGUUUAGUUGCGAUAUUUCGACCGGCCAAUACCAGUCUUCAUCAGGUUUAUUGAGAUAUCACGAAUUUACAGAAAAAUAUAUGAAGUAAAAUAAUGACCGGAAAUUACAUAUAAUAUGACGUGGUAUGAUGUGGCUAUUUUAAAAACACAAGAUAACCAAAAAAUAAGAGAUAUACUAUAUAUAGUUACAGUUCAUCACGUUUAUUAAUACCCAGAGGCUCAAUUGUCUUAGCUUUGUGGAUAAGGAGGCUUCGCCUGCUUUCCUGAAAGAAUCACGCCCAUUUUAAAGUUUUUCAGUAGGAAUCAAAGGCAUAUGAUUGUCGGAAAGUGCAGAAAGUGUUCUGAAACUGUAGCAUGGAUGUAGUAAUUACCAGUAGGGUUGAGUAUAGGUCGUCUGUGUUCAUUAAAACGGUCUUUGAGGCGACGUUUAGUUUCUCCAAUAUAUUGUAGAUUACACAGGCGACAUUGAAUCAAAUAGAUAACAUUAACAUUAUAUGAGAUUUGAUGUGGUGGGUCUCACCUGUAGAAUGAAAAGUGUAUUGAUGACGGCCAUGUUCAAGCACGUCAUGCUGCCUGACCGAGGCCGAAAAAGGUGACACCAGUACCGUUAAUACGACCACCUUCGGGCCAUGGAAAUUUGGUCGUAUUAACGGGGUGGUCGUAUUAACGGGGUAGGGUCAAAUUAUGGUGCAAAAUGCUUUUAAACUACAUUCUACUACAUCACAAGCCCUUUCCUUUCAUAACAAGCAACUGAAAGAAGUCAGUGUUUUUUCUCAUCACUCGGUUUCGUUUACUGUUACAUUGUUCAGUUGUAUUGAAUUGCGGUUGUCAGGUUGUUAAUUAACUGUAAAAAGGUUGAUUUAUAUUUGUCUCGAAGAGCCGUUUUCUAUAUUGUAGCUUACAACAUUUUCACAAUUAUUACAAAGUUCAAAGUUCUGGGAGAAAAGAGAAGGAAAUGUACUUGAAGAGAAAAGCCACAGUGGAAGGCAGCAGAAACAAGAAGGCAAAAUAACUUUGAGAGCUUCGAAAUGCUGCAAAGUGAAGUCUUUCAGAUCUUUUGUAUUAUUCUGAUUCAUGCAUCCUUUUUACUGCACACAGCAAUUUAGCGGAUGUCAUGCUAAUCACUAACACCUUUGCCCAAACACAUUCGAUAAAAUAUUAGUAAUGGGUUAUUGUUUGUCAGAUUGUGUCUGUUUUCAUUCAGCAGCCCCACCAAGCAUUUUGACCGGUCGUAUUAACGGGGUAAUUUUAUAAAGAAAAUAAAAAAUAACGACUCGGGACUCCCAAAGGUGGUCGUUGGUCGUAAUAACGGGGUAGUCGGAUUAACGGGAUUUUCAGAUAAGAAAACGAGUGGGCUUUUGUUCGGGCCACAAAAAAGUGGUCGCAAUAACGGGGUGGUCGUAAGGCGGGGUUCCACUGUAUUUUUAUAAACAUUAUCGUCUAAAAAUCCUGAAAUUUUCUAAACAUCUCAUUUGACUCUAAAAAUCCUAAAAGAAUACCGAUUUUUGUAUCUAGGCCAGGGAAGAAGACAGACUCUGGUACAGUGGAACAUCGAUGUAAAACAAGAGAGAAUGUCGCCUGUGUAAUCUACAAUAUAUUGGAGAAACUAAACGUCGCCUCAAAUACCGUUUUAAUGAACACAGACGACCUAUACUCAACCCUACUGGUAAUUACAUCCAUACUGCAGUUUCAGAACACUUUCUAACCAGUAAUCAUUCCGACAAUCAUAUGCUUUUGAUUCCUACUGAAAAACUUAAAAAUGGGCGUGAUUCUUUCAUGAAAGCAGGCGAAGCCCACCCCAUCCACAAAGCUAAGACAAUUGAGCCUGUGGGUAUUAAUAAACGUGAUGAACUGUAACUACAUAUAGGAUAUCUUUUAAUUUUUUGUUAUCUUGUGUUUUUAAAGUAGCUACAUCAUACCACGUCAUAUUAUAUGUAAUUUCCGGUCAUUAUUUUAUUUUUAGAUCAUUCUCUCUUGUGUAUAAAACGACGAGCCAAGGGAGUGCCAAAAUGUGUUGGAUAUAGGUUUCGUUACAUCGAGGUUCUUUUUCAUAUAUUUUUCUGUUACUGGGGUAAGGAAAAUCGGGGGGUUCGUUAUAUAUCGAGGUUCCACUGUAAGACGCUUUUACGUUCGAGCCUUUGACUUAAGUUCCAAAUAUCGAAAUUUUUCUUGUUAUUUUUAAGGACGACAUAAAAGACCGUUAUGCCACCGCAGAAUUUGCCAAGAUGGCGGCGAUAUCUGACAGUGGAGCCAGUGGUGCUGUUUUACACAUUUGGCAUAUUUAUGAGCCUUCCAGUCCUCACGCAGUACGUGUAUUUCAGAGUCAGCAAAUUCAAAGGCUUCCCAUAUAAUGUUUCUGAAACAUCUGAGAAAGGCUGCAACGACGACGCAGGGGCUAACUCAUCCUUAAAGGAGCUAGAAAAAGAGGUACAGUUUUACCAAACAGGGGCACCCAACGACGGUUUCCUCCUAAAUGCAUUGAAACACUUUUUCGCUUAUUCAGAAUACUUUCAGAUCUCUAGAAAUGCAUUCUAAGCGGCGCUAUAAAAGUUGUAUCUGUUCGGUCGUCCUAGGGCAACUUGAAUAUUUUCGAAAUUACUUAGGGCCUCAGUAUUAUUUCCCCGAAAAUUUUAGAUGCAAUUUUAGGUUUUACGAAAUUGAGAAUUUUUCUGAUUCCUCUCUCCAUCGCAUUUUCGAAUCCGAAAAUUUUAGAUUUCCUUUUUCUACGAAAAAUAGUCUAACUUGGGGACUGAAAUGCGAAAAACUUAACUUUAGAAAAUCGUAGGGAAUUUAUUAGAUAAGCUACGAAAACUGUACAUGAAUGGAACGGCCAUCUAGAAAUUUUCAGCCUUCCUCAUGUAAUAGAAAAUUGUAGGCAAUUUUUGCUUCUCCGAACAGAAAUUUACAGAAAACAGUCGUUGGGUGCCCCUGACCAAAGCCCAGACUGAGUGGGCGAAUAGCCGUUCUUUCGACCACCCUCGAGUUUUGAAUGCUCUGAAGAAAUUUUCUUGCAUAUUUUUUUUUUCUAUUGAUAAAAAUGUUAUCUCAUCCUUGAGUCAGCUCAUGAAAAUCCCGUCGUCCCAACUAGAAGCCCCUGGGUUUCCGUGGAUCAAAAAUGAAACACGAAGAAUCUUCUCUUGUUGAGGAAAUACUGAUUACUCGUUCGCUGCAUCUGACCACUGGAGUUGGAUAUCACCUCAGAAUCCCUUCGGCAAUGUGAUAUAUCCUUUAACUCUCUAGUUUCAUGUCAAAGGCAAGCGCACGCCAUGGCCCCUGUUGUUCGACGGGUGGAUAACACUAUCCAGUGGAUAGAUCUCUACAGUGAAUAACAUUUUUAGUUUCCUUAAUACUUAUCUUCUGGAUAGUGAUUUAUCCGACGGGAAGCGCUAUCCAAUGUUUGAACAACCGGGACCUGAACAAUACGUGAGACAUCUUCUUCCUUUCUCUGAAGGGUUGACUGUUGGUUGCAAUAAAUAAGCCUUUCCGUCUCGUCUCUUUUACCGCGGUGUAAAUUUCGGGUUCUUUCUUUAAGAUCUCAGCUUAAAUAUCUGCACGCAGUUCUUGAAUGAGGUAGAACAUUUCAUCCUCAUCACGAAGAUCUAGGCAGUUAAGUUUUCCAUUGGAUAUAUAAUUACUUUGUGAAUUACCUCGAUGUUUCACAGGUACAAGAUCUGGCUGCGCAAAUCGACAUGGGAAACGUCCUGUUUCUGUCCAUUCCAUCUAUUGUCGUGGUCCUUAUUCUUGGUCCUUGGACGGACACCGGUGGAAGACGUCCUGCAUUGCUGGCUCCCCCAAUAGGAAGCGCCGUAGAGUCCAUUCUGAUCCUACUCAUCAUGUACUUUGAGUGGCCUGUAUAUGUGCUGUUUGUUGGCGAGGCAAUCAAUGGCUUCUCCGGUUUCGUGACUAUUAUGACCAUGGCUGCGUUUGCUUACGUCUCAGAUGUAACCUCGGAGAAAGGGCUUCCUAUCCGUAUUGGUUAGUAUAUAUAUAUUUAUUUAUUAUUUAUUUAUUUAUAGAUUCGUACAAUUUACAGGGGAGAGAACAAUAGGACACGUAGUCCCCUACUUGGUUCACCCUCCUAAUCCAACCCCAUAAAAUGUAGAAAAACCAACCCCUUACCCCAAAAAACUAGAAUUAAAUAUUAAUAAUAUUUGAGUUGGCGUUUGAAAGAGCAUAGUGUAGUAGCUACUUUGAUAUUUUCAGGAAUACCAUUCCAUAUUAUCGUAAUUCUAUUGAAAAAGUAAUCUCUGAAAAGGGAAGUACGAAGCGCUAUCCAUUAUGUCUCCAACGACCUCCAACCAAUAAGGCGAACUGUAACUAAUAAGAAGCCCACCCAUCACUAGUGUCAGAUGUCGUGCGUGUUAGCAUCAGAAACAUAGUUUGAUUCAAUUAAAGGUGGUGCACAGCUUCAUAGUCUUUUAAAACAUGCGUUCAGUUAAGCCUCUUAUCUGUCAAGCCUGUGGGCCGCCCUUCGACUUCAAACGCCCGAGGGCUUAUGGAGUCGGUAAUGGGUGGCUUCGAGCCCGGAAAAUCGUGUGGUGGAUAUUUAGCUAUCGAUUUCGGCCGGUUACUUGAAAAGGUAAGAUGAGUUUUUUAGACUAAAAAUAUACGUGAAUCUAAGCCUAAAGAGAAUGCAAAUCAAAGUGGAGGUUUUGCCACUUAUAUACUACGAGAUACUUUCACUUUUCUGUAUUUUUUUCUUUGUUGAAGACAACGUUUAACAUUUCCCGUAACCAGUAGGAUUUCUAACCUAAAAACAGUAGCCAUGCACUGAGGACUAUUAGCAGGGCUGGGCAGAAUAAUUGAACUCGUCUUUUUCAGCACAUACCUUCAACACCUUCAGUGUUGAAGGUUCACGAGUGCUAGGACUGGCACCUUGUUAUCUUACAGAACCCUUGUUAACGACUGUUUUUCAGCAAUUGUCCAGUUCGCUGUGUUCAUUGGUGGCGUUGUGAGCCAACUGACCAGCGGUUUGUGGUUGAGGCACCUCGGUUUCAUUCCACCCUACUGGUUCAUAUUUGCCUGUCACAUGGCAGCUGUACUGUACGUCAUUUUCCUUGUUCCGGAAUCGACGCACACAACAGAGAAAAAGAAGAUGCGACUUGUCAGUUUUGACAGUUUCAAAGCGAUCUGGAAUGUUUACAAGAGACCAAGAAAUGGUGGAAGGAAAAACCUCGUCAUGCUACUGAUCUCCGAUGGAAUAAUCAGUUUAGGCGUUAUGGGGAUCAGUGGAGUGGUAGCGUUAUUUGUCCUUCGUUCCCCUCUAUGCUGGGGUCCGACUACUCUUGGCGCAUUCAUGGCAUUCCGUUUCUUCAUGCAAGGCUUUGGUGGGAUUGUGGGUAUCGGUCUUCUGAAGCGAUUUAUGAACGACAUCAAUGUCACCAGGGUUGGCAUGGUAACUCAGUGCGCCUCACUCGCGUUCUUUGCUUUUAGCGAUCGUACCUGGAUGGUGUUUUUAGGUAUGGAAUAUUCAACCAAGUUAUUCUCCCCUUGGUUUGAAAUAUAAAUAAGCGGUCUUUUUAGUCACCGAGUAGUUCACAGUCAACCAACCGAUGACCUUAGCAUUUGAAAACAGUGGAUAGGAAAACUUUGCAGAUGUAGGGGAUAUCCUCGAGGAUUUUUUCGUUGUCAUUUUUUUUCUUUUUUAUUUCAACGGGUUUUUUGAGGGGAAGGAAAGAGGAAUUUCUUUAGCCACUGUUAGUAAAGUACGCGCUAAACGUGCCCCUUUCUAGUCUUGCGUUAGAUGAUUACCGCCUCCUGCUUUCACAGAUUUCAUAAGGUGAUUCGUAUAGCCCACUUAUAUUCCCGAGGCAAUGCGUUAGCAUUAGGAUUGGCUUCCUCUGUUGUUUCUUAUCGCUGCCAUUGUUUCACAUAUAUAGUGCCCAUUAUUGGAAUAUUUGGUGGAACAGUGGUACCGCUGUACAAAGGAAUGAUGUCACAAAUGGUGGAUACAGAUGAACGUGGUAAGAGGUUACUUUUUGCUAAAAAAAGAAAAGAAAGAAAAGAGAAAGAAAGAAAGGGCUUCACUUUUCCUUUUUUCUCUCCAACUGGAACUAGGUGGAGUUCGCCAUUGCUUUCAUUCUGCUAUCCUUCACAUUCAGGUCAUGUUUCUUACUUUUUUUUUCUUUUCUUAAUAUGAUUUUAACUCAUUUUUACCUGCGUGCAUGAUGGCCAAAUCGAAAAUUUCAAACCCCAAAAAAUCCUUCGAUCAUCCCCGUCACUUGAAAUCCGGAGUACUCUCCCACCCCGUGGGCGCCCGUUCUCCUCCUGAUCGCAAUGGCGCUGAAACCCUUCCGGCCUAACCUUGCGUGAGCAGACGCCUAGCCUCCAUCGACGUAUAUAGAGUCGCCUAUGUAGGCACAAGAAAGAUAUCUGGCAAGGCUCCGAUCUGUCAGCCUUGAAUCAAGGGCAGACUGAUUUUUUCCCUUUGAUAUCUCAUCCUGGCGUUCAUCGGGCGUCACGAGCAAAACGACACUGUUUCCACGUUCGAUUUCUCCUCUAAAGCCUUCGUUUCCUUUACACACGGUAGUUAAUUAUAAUGCUAGUAGCGAAAACGCGAAGGCUUCCAAUUGGAGAGACGCGAGUACAGAAAAACCCAUUAGCGUUCGCAGUGUAAAGGUAUCUCCCAAGCUAAGGCAAAGCUGGCUGAUAUUUCUGUAAUUUAUUCCAAGCUUAGCGUUACGAUGUAUUUGUCUUUGUAGGGGCCAUGUUCUCAUCGGUAUCAACUGUAGACACCUUCUGUAAUUUUCUGGGUGCUUUUAUCUUCAAUCCAAUGUACAUCAGAUCAGCGGAACGUGGUUUUCCUGGAUUGCCGUUUCUUGUAGCCGCUCUACUUAUCAUCAUUCCCCUGAUUAUGACCAAGUAAGUACCUUAUAAACGUGCGCAGCUGCUUGGCUUUUAUUAGUAGAGCCAGAGUGUACAGUAGUUGGUGGCAAGAAACGCGGUACCUUGCUGGUUAUUCCAACCCCCUUUCCUUUCCGGGCCACAGAGCCAUCCCUUUCCACAAGCGGUCGAGAUCCAUGUGAGACUAAAUAAGCUACCUGCUAGGCAUCAUGGGAAGAACUUUCACACCCCUACCCCAGUUCCUUUAUGCUUAAAUUUACAUGGGAUGAGAUAGACGAGUGGAUAUGAGGUCACUUUAUUCUCCAGCCUUUAAAUAUGGCUUUAAAAUCAUUCCCACCCCUGGUAGCUAUGUAUUUAUAGGGUCAUGACAUGGUAGGUUUUCUAUCCGGCCAAUACUUUCCCAGCCUUGUACUAUCGAUCGCUCCGGCAGCAUUUGAACGAUUCUCCUGUUAAAUCAGAAAUUUUGAAAAAAGAGAAAAUCCAUCGCUCUCAAGCGGAAUCAGUGAACAAACUGCCUGGCUGAACAAGCUAUUUCUAAAACAUGAUCCAGAUGUGGACGUCUAACUUUCUCUUCAAUGUGGUAGGUUUUUAAAGGACCCGACGACAUUCCGAAAAAUGACAGAAAACAGCACAACAGAAGACAAAGCGACGGAAGAAACGAAAGAGGUGGAUGAGAAAGAUGUGGAACUUAAAGACGUACCGUUAAACGAGGGACAAGAAGUCAAACUUUGAAGCCGUCUACUUUUAAUGGUUUUAGAUUAGCUGCCUUUCCAUCCCCUCCCAUCUCUCUUGUACCAAGGGGGGGGGGGGGGGGAUGAUGUGUAUAAUUAUAUUUUGAUGGUGUACGUGGUAGUGUAGCUUAGGGCGCAACCUGACGAAGCGAGUGGAACAACGAAAAACGUCCCGCUCAUGUUUCUGGCUGACCGGAAGCCAGGUACUGCAUCAUCGCUCUUCUUGACUAAAGCACAUCAAGUACCAGCCUGCGUAGCAAGCGUUAAGUCUUCGCGCAGUAACUCAGGCUAAUCAAGUACAUUUACAGUUUCCUGAGAAUCGAAAGGAUGCAGGCUGAUUUCGCGCAAAAGUAAUAAAGCUUUAUAAAGGAAUCAUCAUUUACACCUCCCUUCUACUCAGGGCAAAGAAUUCAAAUUCAAACGCAUUCGUGAUCAGGUGUUCCAGAUCGCACUUACUUCACUCACCAAUAUUUUUUCUCUUCUUCCCCUACUGACACGUACUGUAGUUGUUUCAUACGUGCUUCGAGACCAUGUCCAGAGGUAUCCUUAAAGUGCACCUAGCCCCAAAUUUUUCAUUCGCAUAGUUGAAAUAUCCAUGUUAAUUUAGUUGUUCUGCGAAAAAAUUAAAAAAAAAAACUGAUAGAAGACACUCAGAAUGCGUCAACAGAUGUUCAUGUGCCCUGUCGUGUACUGAAACAGCAGCAGCUUUGACAAGCGUGGACAUUUCUUCGUCUUCAGCUAAAAAUGCGCUUAGGUUGGCUAAAAAUAUCGCGAGAGGCCAAGAUAAAGAUAGAUUGUGAUAGUUUGUUAGGCAAUCGGGUAUUUCUGAGGACUGGUUGUCAAUAAUGAGCGACUGAGUUGGCAAGUGAGAGCGCUACUACCCAGUGAAACAGGGGCACCCAACGAGAAUAUAGUUCAAAACCACUCAAACAUAGCGUUGUUUAACGUGUUUUGGUAUUUUAAACGGUAGAUAUAGCCAUACUUUUAUUCCCAAAACAUUUUUCAUCUGUUCGGAUUUCCUAGCUGAAAGUCUAGUAAUCCGAAAAUUGUAGGGAUCAAAACUUACCUUUUCGAAAAUUUCAGCCAGAAAAAAGGCUACCGAAAAUUCUAGGUGAGCUUUUCACUGUAAAAAUCCAUUAAAAAUGGGUAAUUAUGCCAUUUUUUAGAUGUUCGAAAAUCCUAGGAGAGGCAGGCAAGCAAGAAAUUUUACAACAAAUGUUCCGAAAAUUCUAGAUCUCAAGUCCUCUUCCGAACAGAUAUUUUCCAAAAAUUGAAGUUGGGUGCCCCUCAGUGAAAGUCGCACAGAGAGUUAUAAACUCGACUGAAUCGAACAACAACUCGACUUGCGACUUCACUUGCCUCCGAACUACACAAAGUGAAGUCUUUCAGAUCUUAAUGCAUCCUUUUUACAGCACACAGCAAUUUACCGUAUGUCAUGCUAACCACUAACACCUUUGCCUAAAAACAUUCAAUAAAAUAUAGUCACGG